AUGGCUCCAGCAGAGAAGGCCGAGCGAGGUCCGCUGUCCUACGAUGAUGGACCGCUCGUCUGGGUAGACUGCGAGAUGACCGGGCUGGAUCCGAGCGACCGCAUCAUUGAAAUCGCGGUGAUUAUCACGGAUGGACGCCUCAAUGAGGUGGACGAAGGGAUCGAAUUUGUGAUCCAGACACCGAAAGAUGUACUCGACACCAUGAACGAGUGGUGUGUCAAGCAGCACGGCCUCACUGGUCUUACUCAAGCUUGUAUUGACAGCCCGCACUCGCAUGAGGAUGUCCAUCAGAAAGUUGCGGCUUACAUCAGGAAGUGGAUUCCGGAGCGGGGAGCUGGCCUUUUGGCGGGUAGCAGCGUACAUGCAGACAAGGCCUUCUUGCUGCGAGAGAUGCCAGAUAUCACUAGCCAUCUCUCAUACCGCAUACUUGACGUGAGCAGCAUCAAGGAGAUCUGCAGGAGGUGGUAUCCUUCGGUGACCCAAAAGGAGAAGGGCUCCGGACGUGACUUCCUGCUCGAUACUGAAGCUAACGUUAGCAGGGCAUUAGACGAUAUUCGGGGGUCCAUGCGGGAGCUCAAGUUCUACAGGGAUAACCUCUUCAUCCCCCUCGAGCCAGUCUCAGAGCGCAGAAAGGAUGACCACAAGAAGUCAGACGGCGUCGCUGAGCGACUGGCCGAGAAGAUGAAGGCAUUGUGA